UGUCGGCUUUAAGAUUAUUUCGAUACAGCACAAAAUCUCAAAAUUUUUUUGGGGAGCCGUGAUGCUUUUUUGGUCGAUAGUGACGAAUCCCUUCCCCUUUCUUUAAACUACGCCACUGAUCUUCUUCAGUUUUCCCGGCUCUAAAAAGAAGUGGAAGAAAACGGCACAAGGCCCACAGGCCACUAUUGUUUCUCUGUUUUUUUCUGGUUCUGGAAAGGAGUGGUAGAGAGGGCAAUACGCCAAUGGCGAAGUUUCUCCUCCUUCUCCUUCUCCUUCUCUUCCUUCUUGCAUGGGCGAUUAGCGGAUCUCUCGCCGGCGGCGUUGGUCUCGUCAACGUCACCCGUCUCGAGAUGUUCGUCGACGAGCUGCCGGGUAUGCCUCGACUCCAGGGCUACCGCAUUCACAACGGUUUGCUCGAGCCUGGUAACCUCACCAUAGGAAUGUACAAGAAAACGUGGAAAUUCCACCGGGACCUUCCCCCAACACGGGUCUUCGCCUACGGUGCCUCCCGGGCCACCGCUACCGUUCCCGGCCCGACCAUCGAAGCUCUGCAGGGCAUUCCGACGCACAUAACAUGGAAGAACCAUCUCCCUUCCCGCCACAUCCUACCAUGGGACCCCACCAUCCCCAUCCCAUCCGCCCCCUCCGGUGUCCCAACCGUCGUCCACCUUCACGGAGGCGUCCACCCACCGGCCAGCGACGGCCACUCCCAAUCCUGGUUCACCUCAAACUUCUCCUCCGUCGGUCCCGCUUUCUCCUCCCCCACCUUCUCCUACCCAAAUCUCCAAGAUCCCGGCAAUCUCUGGUACCAUGACCACGCCCUCGGUCUCACCCGCGUCAACAUGCCCGCCGGUCUCCUCGGCGCUUACACAAUCCGCUCCCCUGCUCUGGAAUCCCCUCUCCGUCUCCCCUACGGCGCCAAUUUUGACCGCCACCUCAUCAUUUUCGACCGCAGCUUCCUCUCCGACGGCUCCCUCUUCCUCAAUUCCACCGGCAACAAUCCCUCCAUACACCCACAGUGGCAACCCGAAUACUUCGGUGAUGCCCUUAUUGUCAACGGAAAGGCUUGGCCUUUCCUCCGCGUCCUCCGCCGCCGCUACCGUUUCCGUAUCAUCAACGCAAGCAAUGCCCGCUUCUACCGCCUCUCCUUCUCCAAUUCCCUCGCCUUCCUCCACCUCGCCUCCGACUCCAUCUAUCUUCCCCGCCCCGUCCCUUCCCGAAAAUUCCUCCUGGCCCCCUCUGAAAUUGCUGAUGUCGUCGUCGAUUUCACGGAUUCUCCCACCGACUCCGUCGUCCUCCUCAACGACGCGGCUUACCCAUUCCCUUCCGGGGAGGAGCCGGACAAUUUCAGCGGCAAGGUCAUGAAAUUUUUUAUUGCAUCCCCCCAAUUGAAGCAUCGAGACCCAUCGCAGGUUCCGCGGCAGCUACUUCCUUCGCCGCCGCCUCCCAUUCCAACACACCGCGCCGUGGCAACGCGUUACAUCGCCAUGUAUGAGUACGAGAGUGCCACGGGCGAGCCGACCCAUCUUUACAUCAACGGUCAGCCGUUUGAUGCGCCGGCCACGGAAACUCCGCGGUCGGGAACAAGCGAGGUGUGGCACGUGAUCAAUCUGACGGAGGACAACCACCCUCUGCACAUACAUCUGGGCCUCUUCGUGGUGCUGGAGCAGCGCGAGCUGGUGGAGCUGGAGAAGUUUAAGGGCUGCAUGAUGAGGAAGAACGACGCGGAGGAGUGCAAUCUGAAGGAGCACGCGAAAGGGCGGUUCGAACCGGUUCCGGCUCAUGAAAGGGGUUGGAAGAACGUGUUCAAGAUGCAGCCCGGGUUCGUGACGCAGAUUCUGGUUCGGUUUGCGAUGCUACGGUCCGAGGAGCCUUACCCGUUCGACGCCACUGCCGAGCCGGGUUAUGUCUACCACUGCCAUAUCUUGGACCACGAGGACAAUAUGAUGAUGAGGCCAUUGAAGCUUUUGGGUUGAAUGGAAGUCAAAUGUUUUGCUGCCUAAAGAGUUCUUCAACCUCCGCGGAAAGAAAAAAUAUUAUAUCAGUAGUCCUGAUGCAAAAUUAUAUCAGGACUCCAAUCACAAUAUACUUGUGUACGGUUUGAACCUGUUGAAUAUAAAAUACUAAAUAGUUUAAUGCAUGACGGGAUUUGACUAUACACGUGGCAAAUUGUGAUCGGAGUCCAGAUACAGUUUUGCAUCAGAACUCCUGAUAUAAUAUUUUUUCCGGCGAAAAGGAUGAAAUGGGUGAGAAAUUACGAAGGUUUUUGUUUGCUGGUUAUGAAAGUGUUAUUGUGGCUGAUAGGAUUAGUAAAUUUAUAAUGUGUACCUGUCAUGCAAUGCUCAUUAAACUAAUGAUAAUGUACAUUAUUUCCCGUAAAAAUUUUAUUAUAUUGUUGUAUAUGGUGGCAGAACUGCAGACGUUGGGUUUAAUUCAA